GAACCGCUGAGCCGCCGCGGCAAGCUUUUGAUCAUAACCAUCAUGGCCGACAUCACCCUGCCCUCGUCGCUAUUACAACCACGAGACGAGAACGAAGCAGACACACUCUUGUCUGUUCUAGGACGCAUCCAUGAUGAGCGCGGCCACUUUCGACACAUUACCGAGCAAGGACUACAGGCUGAAAUCGCUGCCAACGAGAACGAGGAAGAGAGCUCCGACACAGACGAAGAUGAAGAUAGCGCAGAAGUAGACGGGGCAGAGGGCAAAGACCGCCGGGAGCAACUAUGGACCGCUAGAGCUGAGAUGAGACAACAUGUCGACUCGGCACGGAAUGAAGCACUCAUCGCCCUAGACUUUGUCUCUCUUCUACUUUCGAAGGAUGCUCCCAAGCAAGCCGAACUUACAAUGUCGCCUCAUCUGAAGCAAUUCAUCAAACCUGGAACCCUAGCCAUGGACGUGUGGCACAAUGUGCAACCCGACAAGGAGCAACAGAAGCUGGAUGAUACAAUCGCUCGCAGUUGGAGGAUGCAGUCGCUCCAAGCAUCUGCCGACUCUCUGCUGGGCGCAGCCACUCGUCUGGAGAAGAACGUUAGAAGAGAGACUCAUUACUGGGAACAGGUCUUGUCUGUUAGCGACAAGGGCUGGUCAAUUUCGCGUCUGCCUCGGGAGAGACAUAACUUGGGUGUACGCUUUGGCUUCUUGGAAGCUCUCGGAGAAUUCAGAGACCGUGGACUCGCCGCCCUCAGAUCAGACGAAGACGGCAAUGUGUUACUCGAUAAGGGCAUGGGAAACAACAGCAAAGUCCUGCGAGUACGGAUUCAAAAGGGCGACACCAUCAUUGGUGUCUCACAGAUGCCGGAUACAUCUGCCGAUUCCGAGUCUGCCCUUGAAGCUCGAAUUCGCCAUGCCAGAGACUCUCUGUACGAAGAGGAAUUAUUCCACGAAAUCAUUCGGGAAUCACGAAGUCUCGCAUCGUACGGAGUUGACAUGCGCGAGUCUAUCAUCCGUCUUCCGACAAGACUGUCACCCACUGCUUCAUUAUCUGCAUCAGAAACACACGAAGUGCUGAUCGACCUAUUGCCGUUGACCGAUAUCGAGACAAAACCACGAGAGAAGCAGUCAGAAGAUGCCUGGGCUCAAGCUAUUGCACUUGCUCUUCGCCUGUUCCUCUCAUACACACAUCGCGAGAGGCUGGUACGCCGAUCCGAACUACCCCAGCCAAUGUCGAGCGCCAAACGCGAUACGCCAGUCGCAAGUAUCAUGCGACCCGUCUUGACCCUACUGCAGCACCGUACGGUGCUUGCUGACAUUAGCACUUAUCUACAACGUAUCCAUAAGACCCUCGAUGCAGCGUCUGUUGAAGCCUCAAUUGAAACAGCACCUUUCGACCCCGCCCUCUUGAGGUCCGCAGAAACAAUUGAUGCACUCAUGCAGAGAGGCCUUACUCCAAUCCAUUCACGGUUGAAGGUUUCGCUCAAGGUACCGCAUUUGUCCGAAGCACUUGAAUUUGGUAUCGAAGUCCGCACAUCAAUCUCACCACCCGCUUUCGGCAGUGCUAUGUUGGUGACUUCACCCAUUGGCCUCUCGAGAGUUGAAAUACCAGAUAUUCAGGAACUCCAAGACUACUUGAAUACGGCUAUCGCAAACGCUCUCGGUCAAGGAAUUUUAAACAAACUGACUGGCUGGACGCUCAACGACAGAUGCGGCGUUCUUGGUAAAGCAAACAGCAAUGACAAAAUCGGAAUCGAGGUGCACGCAGGAGAAGAUUCAGCACAUGAUGGUUUAAUCUUGCGGACGCCUAAAGAUAGGUUUGAGUGGAAGGCUCAAGACGAGAUGAAACAAAACGGCUUUUGGGAGACAGUCAAGCAAGAAGUCUGGAACGGAGCGUGAAGCCGGCGCCAGAAAAUUAGCUGCAGCGAUUUUCAGGGUCCAACGACUUUUUCUCAUGCUUGAACGAAGUGAAUGAUGGGUAGUGAGAUAGAACAGCGUAGAAGGGAAGAAAUCACAAGUCUUCUGAGCUGA